UCAAAUUUCUUUUUCAUUAUUGUGUUAAAGACUACCAAUCUUACUGGUCUUGCCGUAGCUAAAGCCCCUCAUAAGUCUUUAAGAGCCGUUUACUCUCGGAUUCUGACUAUUUUACAACUGAUGCCAAAUACGGCUGCUUACCGUGUUCAUACUGAGAAGCUAGUUAAUGAACGCUUGGAAUUAAUUGAUAAGACAUCGGAUGUUUCCGAGUUGGAAAAAAAAAUUGACUGUGGUCAGAUCGAAGAAGUAAUUGCUCAGGCGAAAAACGAAUAUGAACUUGCGAAGAACAUGUUGAAGUGGAAACCGUGGGAACCGCUUGUUGGUGACGCCCCAGUAGCCCAGUGGAAAUGGCCACUGUAA